UAACUGGAAAGAAUUGCUCUAUCACUUCUUCCUUCACAAGACCCGCCCUUUUAGCUACCUCCACUAGAGAGGAAUCGGCUGCCCAAAAGGAGCUGGCAAAAGCGCCGACGUGGAGUUCAGAGAAGCGGAAGUAGUAACAUUUCACUGAGCCGUAAGCUUUCUCGCUUUCCGGAUAACGACAACAGCUCCGACUCUCAGUGCCGGCCUUCCUCGUGUAAGGGGAUCUGCCGGACCCUUGCUAAUUCAAUUUCUAUCCCAUUCCGGGCCCUUCCCUACCGUCGCCCCCUUCACCUUGGAUCAUGUUCAAGAAAUUUGAUGAAAAAGAAAAUGUGUCUAACUGCAUCCAGUUGAAAACCUCAGUUAUUAAGGGUAUUAAGAACCAAUUGAUAGAGCAAUUUCCAGGUAUUGAACCAUGGCUUAAUCAAAUCAUGCCUAAGAAAGAUCCUGUCAAAAUAGUCCGAUGCCAUGAACAUAUAGAAAUCCUUACAGUAAAUGGAGAAUUACUAUUUUUUAGGCAAAGAGAGGGGCCUUUUUAUCCAACCCUAAGGUUACUUCACAAAUAUCCUUUUAUCCUGCCACACCAGCAGGUUGAUAAAGGAGCCAUCAAAUUUGUACUCAGUGGAGCAAAUAUCAUGUGUCCAGGCUUAACUUCUCCUGGAGCUAAGCUUUACCCUGCUGCAGUAGAUACCAUUGUUGCAAUUAUGGCAGAAGGAAAACAGCAUGCUUUAUGUGUUGGAGUCAUGAAGAUGUCUGCAGAAGAUAUUGAGAAAGUCAACAAAGGAAUUGGCAUUGAAAAUAUCCAUUAUUUAAAUGAUGGGCUGUGGCAUAUGAAGACGUAUAAAUGAGCCUCAGAAGGAAUGCACUUGAGCUAAAUAUGGAUGUUGUGCUGUAUCUGUGUUUGUGUCUGUGUGUGACAGCAUGAAGAGCAAUGAUGCCUCUGUGGUUAUGCUGAAUAAAUUCAACAGAUGCUAAAAUUC